CUCGUCCUCAUCGUCGCUCACAGCCGCAAGCGCCCAGCUUGUUUCGAGCACCCUUGAUACCAUCCCCUCGCGUCAGGUUCCCAACUUCUACCCCUUGUUCUCACUCGUUUCUUGACAUGGGUCGAUGGACGCACGAAUACGAGGAUGAUACUCUCAGCUACAAGUUCAAACGCCUUGUCACUGGGGCGAUCAAACGGGCCAAAAUAGAGAAAUCUGAAUCUACAACCAUAAGCUAUAAACACUUUGUUCAGGACCUCGAUGUCGGUGACUCAUUCACGACUACUAUCCUGAGUAUUCUUGUCGAGGAAUUGUCUGAGCGACGGAAACGCAUGUCUGUUGACUCGACCGCAACAGAGCGCGGCUAUAUCACUCAGAGCACCGCGCAAAGACUCCGUCAGCUUGCUCUGUCGAGUCGGUACCAUGAACGAUCUAGGCCUGCUUCUCGGCCGUUUGGCACCUCAUUUCUCUCUGCCCCUCCUGAUGUGAUGGAUAUGGAGGACGACGAUGAAGAUGCUCUCGAAACCGUGCUACAGCAUGGAUCAGCGGUCCCCGAAGGCGUUCAGAUCAAUACUGAGCUGUACGAGGCUCUCCCGUCUUGGGCCCCCACUGGUGCGACACGACGAAUUGUGCCAAUCUCAGGCAGCCCGCCGACGCCGACAUUGUUUCACCCGGCCAGUCCAUCCGCUACAAGUCCUCCCCCAGCUGUGCCCUCCAGCCCACCGAUAUGGACCACGUUACCGACGACCACGCUUUCACGACAACCAUCUCUCCGCCGUCAUGGGGUUGGGCAUUCACGCACAACGGACUUCCACGCGUUUGCAGCUCAGCGGCGCACGAGUGCGCGUGAUGACCGGGGCGCCUCGGAGGAGCCAUGGUCAGCCAACCGUGCAACGCGCCGGUUUUUCCCGUUCAGCUCCCAGUCUCGACGCCACGGAUCACAUUGGGGUGAUGGUGGUGGUGGCGAGGGAAGCAGGAACGACGACGAUGCACCUCACGACGAGAACUAUCCUACACCCUAUUCGUCGUUCCCCGAACCGACCACAUCGUCAUCGUCAUCGUCUCAAGAAGACACCUACGAUCCUCUUGAAGCGCCUUCACGUCGGUUACGACGUGGCGGUAUCCGUCCACCGGAAUCGAUGUUGUUUCAACGUCCCAGUCCUGCCAGGGACGAAGGGCUGUCUGAUAGAUCCAUCUCUGAGCCCAGAGAUUUUUCGUCUCUAGUCGCAGACUUUGUGUCGUACCCCACGCCUGGCUCGCCCAGCACAGGCUAAAAGCAGAUUGUAUUCUGCAUGAGAUCUCUGUAUUAUAUGGACAAUCUGUUCGGGUGUAGGACUACAUGUAGCAUGUAAAUUCGGUCUGCCUUUUAGUUUCUGAGACUUGAUUAGACAAAAAUAAAAAGCUAUCAGCUAUUUUUAAACGGUAGAUUCAUUCACAUUGUAACUUACAAAAUUAGUGCAACAACCUCGGUCUCUGACCCCCAUUCAGGUCCUGAUGGCAUCAUUAGACCUGAAUGCGAGGCCCACACAUUUUCGACCUGAUCCAAACGGACCGCCAUGUCCUCUAUGCCAGCUGCCAUGGACCGCGCAGUCGCAGUGCCCAAACACAAGCUGCUCGAAUCGCCUACCGCACGCGCGAUCGAGAUCUUCGAUUGGACGAUCACCGCGUCGACGGGACCGAUAUCCAAUUCCGCCGAUUGCGACGCGUUGCAUGAAGCGCUGGGCAUCCCGCUCCCCGAGAUGACGUUCGGCUCGAAUGUGCUCGUGCUCGAGCAUCAGCCGUCGCAGUGGCGCUACGAGUUCACGACGAAGGCGGCGCUGGCGGGGGUGAAAAACGGGGAGCUGGGUGAGGGCGACGGGGGCGUGAAGGUGGGUCAUGCGGAGGCGUGGCUGAAGAGCCGGACAAUACCGACCGCAGCGAAUCCCAUGCCGCGCACGGUGCCCACCAAGCCGUAUGACUGGACGUACACGACGACGUACGCGGGCAACUACGGCACCACGCCUGCACACGAAUGGCUCAGUGACUCUGCGGUCUCGGAAGCGGGAUCGUUGCCCUCGACACCCGUCGCUGAAGAGCCGGGGUCGUCCAGGACCUGGGAAUGGCAGCCUGCGGAUCCGGAGAUCGGUGCUCACGCGAUCCCACUAGCUGAGCUGACGCGUCCGGAUCCAAUAUUGUUCUAUGCGGAGAUUCCGCUGUACGAAGACGAGCUGCAUGAUAACGGGGCGUCGCAUCUGCUGGUUCGGAUUCGUGUCAUGCCGAGCUGUAUUUUUAUCCUGGCGCGCUUCACGCUCAGGGUUGACGGCGUACUGUUUCGAACACACGAUACGCGCAUAUAUCAUUCCUUUUCCAGCCAGCCCCCGCUUGUUGUUCGCGAGACUGGCGGGUGGGAAGCACCAUAUGACCGUGUCAAGGCUGCUUUGCCUCGUCGUGACGAUCUCUCACCACUCACUGAUGCCAACUUCGUUGCUAAGAUUCUCACUUCCAUGCCCAAAGAGGUUUCUCAGCGAACGGGCGCCAACACUGGAUGGCGGGGUCUUGGAAGCAAGGUCGAGGUCAUCCAUCUAUAAUCUAAAAGCAAAAUGUACUUGUAUUCUGAGCUCUGAUGUAUUUAUGUCAAUGAGAGUUUCCAUAUUGGGAUGUCAGGCGUUUAGUUGGCUUGACAGGACAUCACUCGUGCACCUCUUUUUUGACAUCCACUAUCUCCGUGCCCAUCUCUCCAACUCGACAUCAGGACAGCUAAAUGAGGACCGAACUUGCAUGCCUUCUAUGCCGUGCGCCACUGGUGUGGAUAGAUGCAGUGUCUUGUCAACAAAACGAAUGUAACCUUGUAUCACGGAUCCACGGAGCAGAGUUUCUAUCGAAACAAUCAAGGCUAGAUCUAGAACAUAUUGAAUGGGAAAGGAUAUAAAUAGGCCAGUGGAUGUGAUAGCUUCGCCGUCUACUCUCCUUCCUUCUCCUCUUCAUGGCUAGCAACUACCUGCCACCCGUAUAUCCUCGAAUGUCAGAUCCUCAGCAGAAUACCGCGUCACUGUCGCAUCACAUCCCGAUGUCUCAAGGACACGGCACCCCUCAGAGCUACGGCAUGUCAAGCUACAACACCACUGCCCCGCCUCCUGACUUCAGCACCAACCACCACGCAUCAUCGGCGCUACCGCCUCCGCCGCAUAUGUACCCCUCUCUUCCUCCCCAACAGCACCAGGAACAUAGACCCCGUCCGCCGUCCAGUACCUCGUCGCACCCCGGCGGCAGCCCGGGCUUCGUCCCGUUCACAUUCUCCGGCGUGAAGAAGCAUAUCCGCGACAGCCGCGUGACCGACGCAUGGGGCCAGACGGUAAUGACAGUCGCGAGCACGAAGAAGGAGAGCACGUUCCACAAUAUGCGCGGCGAGCUGCUGGCCAUCUUCGAGUGGAACCACCAUCUGCCGCGCAUCCUGUAUCGCGGGACGGAGAUCAAGUCAAAGGACUUUUUGCCGCUGGAUCGUAAAGCUUUGACACGCACUUUCGCGCAUCAGGGCCACCACUAUGUGUGGAAAGGGACUCCGGACGAAUCGGCCGUGGAGCUCUACAACGCCGAUCGCCCGGAUCAUCGCAUUGGCUACUGGCACAACGAGGACGAGGUCAUCAUCCUCGAAGCCACGCCCGAGUUGUAUCAGACCCCCGGCCUGCUCGAUUUUUCUCUACUCUCUGUUUUCCUCAUGAAUUGCGGCGCCCAGAUCGAGGAGCGCGGUGGCGGCGGUCCGAGCAUGGUACUCAUCGGCGCGUUAUCUGCUCUGAUAAACGCUGCUUGAGGACUUAUAUCGACGGACUAGAUGUAGAAACCCAGAUAUAAUUGCGAUGUCCGUGAAUGCCCCGUUUACAAGAUUUAUGAUCCAAUUUCGUGGAAAUCGAGCACGAAUAUCUCUUGGACUGGAAAAGAGACUGUCUUUAGAGUCUUUCCUCCAUUGAAGCCUUGAGUGGACUCCGUGGGAACCAGGACUGGGAAACUAUGCAUGCGUCACUUCAUCUUUUGCAUCAUUCCCGCACCGGGGCGAAGUCGAGAGAAAAACGUUGUUCAGGCACCCUAAUAUCUGAUAUCUUUUACCUGAAAGCAAGCUACGACUCAUUCAUC